GGUCCUCUCCUCCCAUCCUGGAGAUCAGAGCGAUGCGGAGACAAUAAGGACGCAGAUCCGCAGGGAGGCAGCAGGAUGCCCGGACGCACAUCCAGCAGCGACGCGCUGCUCUCAAGCCAGGAGGCUCCUGCCAGGCUGUAGUAUGAGCCACGCGUGUUUAUUGUUGCGAGGACAGGGUGGACACCGCAGCCUCCAUAUGGGAACCCACUGAAGGUGAAACCAGCUGUUGGCUGCUUCGUAUGUCCUGCCUGAGAGUUCACUCACCGCUUCUUCACCCCAGUCCAUCGUUUGAAGCAGCCCCCACCAUGAGCUCCUCUCCGCUGGUUUCUCGCUCUAACGUGGAUAUCCUGGAUGAGCUGCAGCUGAUCGCUGCACAGAACCUGGAGAGGCUGGAGGUCAACAAGUACUAUGAGGUGAUCAGGGAGCUGGGGAAGGGCACCUAUGGUAAGGUGGACCUGGUCAUCCACAAGAUCAGAGGUACAAAAAUGGCCCUGAAGUUUCUAAAGAAGAAGACAACCAAGCUGAAAUCGUUUCUUCGCGAGUACAGCAUCUCACUCUACCUGUCCCCUUGCCCUUUCAUCAUCAACAUGUUCGGCAUCGCCUUUGAGACAGACGAGUACUAUGUCUUUGCCCAGGAGUACGCUGUGGCAGGAGACCUCUUUGACAUCAUUCCUCCACAGGUUGGUCUCCCGGAGUCGGUGGCAAAGCGCUGUGUGCAUCAAGUGGCCAUUGCUCUGGAUUAUCUGCACUGUAAGAAGCUUGUCCACAGGGACAUCAAGCCUGAAAACAUUCUAAUUUUUGACAGAGAGUGUCGCAAAGUCAAGCUGUCAGACUUCGGAAUGACUCGUCGCGCUGGCUCGCCUGUAAAAAGAGUGAGUGGCACCAUUCCCUACACGGCCCCUGAGCUUUGUGACGCCUCUCGCCAGGAGGGUUUCUGUGUGGACUACAGCACCGAUGUCUGGGCCUUUGGUGUGCUGCUCUUUUGCAUGCUGACUGGGAACUUCCCGUGGGAGAAGGCGCUUCCCACCGAUACUUUCUAUCAAGAGUUCAUCCACUGGCAGAGGAGGAGGACAAAUACGGUGCCGUCUCAGUGGAGGCGCUUUACAGAGCAGGCGCUCCGUAUGUUCCGCCGACUGCUGUCAGUGGAGCAGGACCGCCGCUGCUCCGUUAAGGAGGUGUUCGGAUACUUUAGCCACUCAUGGAUGCUAGAUUCAGAGCAUGACAACAAUGGAAAUGGAGGUGGGGGAGGUAGCAGGGAGAUGGUUGGAGGCGGCAGCGGAGGAGGGAAUAUGCGUGGAGAUAUAGACGGUACCAUCUCAACUUCUUCAUCAGGGGAAGAAGACGAGGAGCUCCUGGUAGAGAGGAUGAAGCAGCAGACUUUGUCGCCUCGCUCGCCACUCUCGCCACUCUCUCCCGUGGCAGUAGAGAGGGGCAGCGGUGGUGGCGGCGCAAAGGGAAACAUGAUGGACCCCGGCGGGGGACAUUUUGUGUCUGUUUCCACUAACAGCUCUGUGUCGUCCACCAACAGUUACGACCGAAUGCCACGAGAAAAUGGUUCCCCCGGUGGUCGCCUGCUGGUGGCUACACCCAUUGAAAUCUGCGUGUGAGCAUGGCCGGCUCGGCGACAGACUGAACCCACACUUUUAUACCUCUCAAACUGCAAUAGUUGUGCAUGUCUCAAAAAAUGACCAGACUAAAAACACUAAUGUAUCUUGUUUUCAACAUGUUAGGAAGAAUGGUAACACACAAUAAGGCGACGAAGAUCUUGACUGAAGGCAAACUUUCCUCAUAAGGAAAGAUUUUUCAUUGGAUGUCAACAAGAGAGGCUUUGUUUACAAUCUAGUGACAUUUUGAAAUGCAUUUCAUACAAAAAAGAAAGAGAAGAGACUAAGAAAAAGGAAACCAGAAAAGAAAACCAAAACGUAUUUUAUAGAGCAAUACUUGCAGCAAAAAAAAAAUGAAAGGAAGGACAAGGAAAAAGCUUUGACAAAGUGACGCAGGAUUUGUUUUAUAAGGAGGACUAAAAUAUGAAGAACAGAUCAAGGAGUGGGACAAUGUGUAAAAAAAUAUGAAAAGUAUGUUUGUGGAUUGUGUCUGUAUGAAUCUAAGAAAAGUGUAUUUAUUUUAAUUUGAAAUACUAUUUAUUUAUUGACUCCUUAAAGACUAAGCUAUUUUUUACUAUUUUCUUUCUUUUUGUUAUUUUUGUAAAGUAACUGUCUAUGUUUUCCGUUUUAGUGAACACUGUAACGUCUAAUUCCACUUACCUAAUAAGUCGGGGUGUAACGGUGUGUUAUGACACAACAUGAUACCUGGUUUACAACCAGUAAACCUUUUUUAUUUUUACAAAUAAUCUGAACUUUUCACCAAUCACAAACAUUUUAUUAAGUAGAAAGAUUUUACUUUUAGAUCUUGGAGUGUUUAUUACGACGGACUAUUAGGGCCAAAAACAAAAUAAAAUAAAAUAAUAGAAUAUUACAACUUUAUUUUUGCAAUAUGAAGAGACUAGAGUAAAGUAAUGAUAAUAAAGUAAUCAGAUUAUCAAUCCUUUCAGAAAAAAAAUCUUUGAGCAGCAACCACCUGCGCAGCCAAAGCACCAAACAGCAAUCUGACCUCCUUGUGCAAAAAUAGUAAUAAUUUGAUACUAAUGUGUAAAAAGGUUUAAUAUUUCCUUAUUUGUAAAACUACCGGUAAUAUGAAAGUAUAACUUCACAUGAUCCUCAACAGUCUUCAUUUCAAUGCAGGGGAUGAUAGCGCAAGAGUUCUCAUUAAAUAUUAUUGACCUUAUUCUCGUAAAUUACAACUUUACAAUGUUAUGUCUUUAUUGUUAUGAUAUAAUGACUUCAUUCUGGUAAUUCUACUAUUUUAUUCUCUAAUUGCAGUCUGUAAAAAACAAAAUUCUCUUUAGUUGGGCCCUAAUACUCCGUCGUAGUUUAUGAAUAAGAGCGGAGGUCUUCAACAGGGGGUCCGCGACCCCUGGAAGGGACCCCCUACUCUCAAGAUUGUAAUCUUAAAAUAAACCUAAAAAGACUUGGGAACCUCCAGAGAGACGAGUCGCACCUAUGGAGCUGAUGCUUACAGUCAGUCUUGGAAUGGCCUAGUCAAAGUCAAGAGCCACCAACCUUUCAGAGAAAGUUUACUGAGAAUCCUACCGUUUCAUUCACACCUGUUCCAAUAACGAGGAAUCCAAAUAAGAAAUACUUUAAUAAUCCCAGGGAGAAAUGACUGUCAUUACAUUACUCCGUCUGUAAUAGAGUGACUAUAAGACCAGUUUCA